UUUUGUACGUCAAUGGCUGUUUAUCAUAGAAGCGAUGUCUUCGAAGAAUCAUGUGUCGAAAAAAACUAUGCAAACACGAAACAUAUGUAUUCUUAUAUGAAAAAAGAUGAACACUUUAUUCACUGAGAAGGUAUACGUAAAGUUGACAGUUUUGAAAGAGAUGAUAUUAGGUAAAGGGUAAUAACAAUCAAGGCCAGUUUGACGUCACCAUGUCAGAUACAGCUUCUACACCACAAAGACUAUUUUGUCCCCGUCUAAUAGAUUACAUUACUAUUGUAAGCAGCCAUCAUCCAAAUCAAAACAACAAUGUGGCUCAAACACCAGAGUUACUAAGGAGAUAUCCUCUAGAAGAUCACAAAGAUUUUGCCUUGCCAUCUGAUAUUAUUUUCUUUUGCCAGCCAGAAGGAUGCAUAAGUGUUGGUCCAAAACGAAUGAGUCUACGGGAGACCACAUCUUUUGUUUUUACAUUAACAGAAAAAGAUUCUGGAAUAAUCAGAUAUGGUAUUUGUGUGAACUUUUUCCGACCUUUUGAAAAGAAGUGUCAUGAAAAAUGGAAAAGUGACAAUAGGACUAGUACAGAUGGCAAUGGCAAUUCAUUGACUAUUGACCAUGAAAAAAGUAAACAAAAGUCUCCGAAAAGUAGUCGUAAAAUGAAAACUGCAUCAAUGGUGCGGAACAAUGUUUUAACUUCACUAUGCAUAGUUAGUCAUCAUCCAUUUUUUUCUACGUUUCGUGAAUGUCUUUUCAUAUUACGUCGACUCGUUGAUGCAUGCCAUGAAAGAACAUGUUCCAAAAGAAUUGGUGUUUCAUCUGCUAGAGAUAAAUCAAGGGACACAGUAUGGGGAGUUUUAACAGGACAGGGAAGUGAUAAUCUGACGGGUUUGGUGAUGCAUGAAGUAAAGGAGAUUGAGACAUGGAUCUUGCGAUUGUUAAGUGCACCUGUACCAGUGCCUGGCAAGACGAGAGUAGAGGUUCAGGUUUUACCCAAAGACUUACAGCCCCCUUUAUUGUUUGCCUUGCCAGAUCAUACCCGGUUUUCACUUAUAGACUUCCCCUUACAUUUACCAUUAGAGCUGUUAGGUGUUGAUACAUGCCUGAAAGUCCUCACCGCUAUCAUGUUAGAAUAUAAGGUUGUGAUGCAAUCUCGUGAUUACAAUGCCCUGACAAUGAGUGUGAUGGCAUUUGUCUAUAUGCUUUAUCCAUUAGAAUAUAUGUUUCCUGUAAUACCAUUGUUGCCAACCUGCAUGUCGUCAGGAGAACAGCUGCUGAGUGCCCCUACACCUUUUAUUAUUGGAGUUCCUGCCAGUUUUAUACCAUACAAGAAAGAAUUUAAAAUCCCAGAUGAUGUCUGGCUUGUAGAUCUGGAUUCUAACAAGAUGACAAUUGGAAAAAAUGAAGACCUACCUCCCUUACCUGAACCAGAAGGAACACAACUAAAAAAUCAUCUUAAACAGGCUUUGGCCAGUAUGAGUAUGACACCUCAACCAAUCAAAAAUCUUGAUACAGUUGCACAUAAUCCUGAAACAUGGAAAAGACGAGAGAGUUUUUCUUCACAGACCGGCUUCAAUCCACUUAUCUAUGGUAAUGAUGUAGAUUCAGUUGAUGUGGCCACAAGGGUAGCCAUGAUAAGAUUCUUCAACUCAGCAAAUGUUUUGGGUAAUUUUUCUGAACAUACAAGAACAUUACGACUUUAUCCUCGGCCAGUGGUAGCAUUCCAGAUGUACAGCUUUCUUAAAUCUCGUCCAGCAAGAAGCCAUUUUAUUGCCAGAAUGGCAAGAACACAGGCUACAGAGUAUUUUGCUGAAUGGUCACUAUGUCCAAAGAAUGUAGUAUUCCUACGUGUACAGACAUCAGUGUUCGACCCACUGUUGAUUGGCGACAAACCUAAGUGGUAUGCCCAUCAGUUGCAGGCUAUUGAGUUUAAGGUGUAUGAUGAAUCGUCAACUCUAGGGUCUGCUCUGUCAACAACAACUGGGGAAACAUUGAGUGAUGAAUAUCCAACAGAUGAAAGUGGUAGUGACAGUGAUGGAGCAGAUAGUACCAGCUCAUCCUAUUCUUCUCUCAGCGAUUUUGUUACAGAUAUGGUCAACAGUGAGAUUGAUGGUGAUACACCAGCUUUAGUUCUAGAAAAGCAAGUUCUGUCAGUGGAUGAAUCCAAGAUCUACACACCACCAAACAAACUUCAGCUUCCAGAAACACCUAUAACUACCAGUGAUUCAGCUAAUUCUCUACCAGAAAGUGAUGUCAGUAGUUCUGAAUCAGAAUCUAGGUCAGGGAGUCCAACAUUUGCUCAGGAUAUUCCUGAUCAAAGCUCAGCGAAAAGUACACCUAAUAAGGUAGACAAGAAAUCAGAAUUCAUAUUUGAUUCAGGAAAUGUCUCAGCGACUAGCAGAUCUUUAAACAGUUCAAAUUUGACACACUCUGAUAGUAUUGGAUCAAACAACAGUACUCCAGAGUUACCAAAACGUCCUCCACCUUUAGCGCCAUUAACCAGGAGCAUUAACUCAGCAUUUGAAGCUUAUGAAAAACCAUUAUCACCAACAAUAAGAAAGGGAAGAAAUUCACCAGGUUUGAUGAGUCCACAGUCUCCAAGGAUAAGGAGUAAUAGUAACACGGACCCAAGGAUUCGUAAAAACAGUGGUGGAUCAAGGUCAGUUCCCGGAGACAGAGAAGUACCAGAACGAGGCUCAACACCUUCAUCAUUGAUAUCAACAAUCAGUAAUGAACUCACAGACAUGGCUCAAUCAGCAAGCAGUACAAUGUCAGAGUUAUUUGACAAAUUUUCAUUCUCACCAAAAUGUGAGACUAUUGAAGAGAUAACUGAACCAGGGUCAACAAGAAGUCCACAACAUCAUCAUGCCAAACCAGUUAAGCCUUUUGCACCUUUAGGAAACAGAAAAGCUUUGGUAGAGAAAUCAGGCUUAGUUAAACAUGCAACUAAUCCAAGAAAACCAAAAGAAUCUCAGAAAGCGAGUGGAAGUGAUGGUAGAUCUGCUACAAAUAGUGAAAAUCAGCAGUUUUUGAAAGAGAUUGUCACAAAUGUAAUGGAAGGACAAGGUGUCAGCUGGUUAAAACUAGGUCGUGUCCGAAGAUUGAUGGAGGAUGAGAACUAUCGUAAUUUUGUUGUUAGCAGAAUAAACAAAAACUUGGAUAAGAAAUUAAAUGAUGAAACUCAACACAUAGAAGAUGUGAGUUUGUCAAAGACAGUAUUUAAAGGAAUGCUAACCCUGAUAAAAGCUUUAAUUCACGGUCUAGAGCACACUUACCAGAAUCAUGGGCUAGGAGGAAUGGCCAGUGCUUUCAUGUUAUUAGAGAUCAACCACACCCACUUCUGGAUAAAGGACGCUACAGGAAAAUUGCCUUCCAGUAGUCGCAGUGAUACUAGUGUUACACCAGAUAUGAAUUCUCCAUUUGGAAGUCAUGAAAGUUUAGCUUCCAGGAAUGACGACUCUCCACAAAAACAGGAAACUUCUAGUUUGCAUGAUGAACAUUCCAUUGCAUCAGUCGGGUCACCAGUUAUUGUUAAUGGUGAAGAAUUUGAAAAUAUCGAAAUACGAAAAAUUGAUGAAGGUAGUUCAUUGGACUCAAACAAACAGUUUGUUGAUCAAAACCGAAAUACACCAAAAUCAUUAUCUGUAAGACAACAGUGUGAUAUUAUUGUGACUAAAACUGACACAUCGGACUUAAAAUCUCCUACUGAUGUACUACAUCAUAUCGUCAGAAAUAAAGAAAUUAUAAACUCUUCGCAAGGGUUGGACAAGAGGUGUAGUAUUGAUUCUGAAGUGUCCGAAGCCAAUACGUUGAUUAGUUCCAGUUCUGAAACCGACGGGACUGACAGUGGACGAAGAACAAAAAAGAGGAUCAACCACCAUUCUAUCAGAGGGGCUAUGUCUGACAGUGAAAUGGAAAUGUCUGGGAUUGUUACUUAUAAUAAGAGAAGUAGAUCACCCAGUGUGUGGAGUAAUAAAAGCUCCCUUAGUGCAGGGUUCAGAUAUCACGAGGGUAAAGUCAUCAGUACCUCACCUGUACCUUAUAGUCCUGAUACUGGUAGGAUGUUCCUCUUUGAGGGUUUACUAGGUAAAGACAGGUCAAGAUUAUGGGAUCAGAUGCAGUUUUGGGAAGAUGCCUAUUUAGAUGCUGUAGCACAGGAGAGGGAUAUUAUAGGCAUGGACCAGGGACCAGGAGAAAUGAUGGAAAGGUAUACUUCCCUGGGUCAAUCGGAAAGGAAACGUUUGGAGCAAGAUGAAGAUAGAUUAAUGUCUGUGAUACUUUAUAACAUUGUUGCAUUUAUGGUAAUGAUGCGGGUUCAUAAACAAGAAAUACGCAAGAAAGUACGAAGGUUACUCGGCAAGUCUCAUAUUGGAUUGUCAUAUAGUUCAGAAAUCAACUUCUUGUUAGAUAAUAUACCAAAUCUGCAUGGUAAUGAUAUAGAUCUUAAACCAGUUGGUAGUAGAUUUAUGCAGAAACAAUCAUUUACUGUACACUGGGGUACAGAUAACACAGGAGAUAUGUUAUUUAUGGAGGUUUGUGAUGAUUGUAUUAUUUUACGAAGUGUGACAAGUGCAAUAUGUGAUAGAUGGUGGUAUGAGAAGCUGGUUAAUAUGACUUAUUGUCCUAAAACUAAGGUGCUGUGUCUGUGGAGAAAACAUGGCGAAAAAGUGCAACUCAAUCAGUUUUAUACUAAAAAGUGUCGAGAACUAUAUUUCUGUGUUAAAGAAGCUAUGGAAAAAGCUGCAGCUAGGAAUAAUGGCAAAGUUCCAGCAACUGAACUUGGUGGAGAAUUCCCUGUGCAAGAUUUGAAGUCUGGACAAGGUGGACUCCUCCAAGUCUGUAUGGAAGGGAUUGGAUUAUUACUGGCCAAUAGCAAGUUGUUUAUUGAGCUAGGUCGUAUCAAGAAAUGUUUCACACAGAAAGGAGGCAUAUUUGUUCUUGAGGAAUUUGAUCCCAAAAAUCGGCAAGUAACCAUGCACAAAUUCAAGUCAAGAAUGGCAGACCAGAUCUGUUAUGCAGUGUUAUGUGUAUUUUCCUAUGUAGCUGCAGGCAUGGAAAAGGAACAACAAGAUAAACAACAUUUACUGUUAGAUAAACAGCAAAACUUAGCUCAGCAUCAAAGAAGACAAACAUAGCAAAUAUUCUACUUUCACUUUCAUUUUGCUCAGAUUUUUUUAACCAACGAUACUUAUUUACUUGUCAGCAUCAAAUGUGAUCUUGUUGAAAUAGAUUUUAUUGUUUAAAAAAAAGCUUAUUUUCUUAUCCCUUUAAGAUGUUUUCUUUGAACAUUAAAAUAAAAAAAAAAAAAAUAUAUAUAUAAUUGGUUGUAUAAUUGUUCAGAGUUUGAUAAUGUUAAUUAUAAAAAUAACUAUCCUGCCAGUUUGUGAAAAUGUUCUAUGUUCAGUGUUUUUGUCUUUAUAUUGUAAAAUUGUGAAAUUUUGAAUCGCUUCAGCUCUAUUUAAAAUUUCAGUAAUUUCCCCCUUUUUAAAUAUCUGGUAGGCCAGAGCAAAUGUCAUUCAAAAACAAUUAUAACCAAAAAGUUCAGAAAAUUUUGCAGUAUUUUAAUCAAUCUGCCAAAAUCAAAAGUGUCAAAAAGAUUAAAAGUACCAAAGAACUGCUGCAAGUAAAAAAUAAAUCAGUGUUUACAUUAUAAAGCAUUUAAUAAUUAUUAUAGAAAUUUCUAUUUUUAAAUUGAAAAUGUAUUUUUAUAACUGUGUUUGUCUUCUUUGUUGCAACUAUAGAUAGCCAUAUGCUAUAAUCAUUGUAAAAGUUAUAUGUGUAGAUCUAAUAGUUUAUUUACCUUAAAUUUGGUUGUAUUUUGGGUUCUGUCACAUGUUAGUGAAAGCAUAGUUCUUGUUGCAAUUAGAAAAAAAUAAUAUAUUUACACAAAUUAUAAAAAAAGAUAUGAUUUGCAUUUGUCUAACAUUUGUCAAUGUUAUUAUAUGAGUUACUUGUGGAUUAUGUAUGGAAAUUUAUUGACUGUAUUGAUCAGAAUUUAUGCUAGUCUUGAGAAACUUUCUAGUCUGCCAAAUCUAUGGUAACCUAAACCAGAUAUGAGUCCUUAAAACUUUCUGGUCAAAGUGAUCUUAUUGCUGUUUGGUCAUGGUUUUACUACAAUUUUUCUUAGUUUUGUAAAGGAUCAGUUGUUAUAGGCUCUUAUUCAGUGCUCUAAAGCAAAAGGGGAUUUUGUUUCAGAAAUUGUUAGGAAAUUUUCUAAACAAUUUUAACAUUAUUUGAUCUUAAUAUAGCAUUUGGAGGUUUGAAUAUCUGUAUUGCAUUGUAUUCCUGGGAUAGGUAAAGCUUAUUCAUUGAAGAAAGUGAUAAAUAUCCAGAUUAUUUAUAGAAUUUAUUAUGAAUCAAUCGCCCAGUGUUCCUUUUUAAUUAACUAAUCAUAAAUGUAUGUUAGUUAACUUUGUUCCAAUGACUUUUAUCUUGACUUUCUUGUGAUACUCAAAUAAUCCAUAACCUGUUGGAUGUUAGGUGUAGGUCAAGAUCUAUUUUAAGAUUAUAUUUGCUUUACAAGACAAUGUGUACAAAAAUGCAAAUUAUGUCCUUUGUAUAGUCCAUAUAGGUAAAUCAUAUAUAUAAGAUUGUAAUUAGAUAAUUUAUUGACUGUUAAUAUGCGAAAAAUGUUUUUGUGAUAAAUUUGUUGUUUGUAGAAAAACAAUUUUAUAAUUCUUGUUGUGUUUUAAUAAAUUCUAAUUGUUAUUUUCUGUGAUGUAGAUAUACCUGUUUUUUAUUUGAUGCUUUUGUAAAAUAAAUGUGAGUACCUUUCAUAGAAGUAGCACUUUUUUUGUCUACCUCUAUUUCGUUUAGAUUCUUACAUAAGUUCAUCUGAAUACCAGGCAUUAUAGUUUUUAUUAUAGCCCAAACUACAAAGUAACUGGGGUAUAUAAGUUUUUUUUUACCUGUCCUUCAUUUAGUCAGCCUGUCAGUCAUUUUGGAUUCCGAAUUCUAAAUCAAAUAUUUUACAUGGUAUUGCAACCUUACUUUAAUAUAUGGUCACUUGAUUCCUAUUGAUUUUUAAGUCACUAGGUCUAAGGUCAAGGUCAAAGUUACUAAAGACAUAGAUUUGUGUAGGAUAAUAUUGCUGUUUGAAAUCCUAACAGACAAGAAUCAUACUAUUAAGAACUUUGCCAUCAGGUUACUAUUUUAUAAGGGGGGAAAGGGGGUGAGGUAUACAAGUUUACUCACUUAAGGUUCUUUAAUUUCGAAUAUUAAUAAGAACUAUUGUAUUUAAUUUCAAAUAUUAUUAAGAACCAUUGUAUUUAUUUUGAAAUAUGGAACAGAUUUUCACCAACUUUCCAAUGAUGUUGAAUUAGUUGCCAGAAGAGAAAAUGUAAAUUUUUUCAUGAAUUUUAUAUUACAAACUAUUAUAAAAGUACAUAUUUUUGAAAGGACAAGGUUCACUUUUGGCAAAAUAUCGCUUUUAAUUGAUAUAUCAAAGAGGCCCCAAUUUUGUUCAAAAAUGAAUCUAUUUCAAAAGCCUGAUUCGUGAAAAGUAAAUGAAUCCCUACAUGAUAUUAAAUUAUAGGCUCUAAAGUCAGCCUAUUUUGGAGAUCUUGUCAAAAAAUGAUUUUACGCAUUUUUCGGACCUAAAAGCUUUAGGAAAACCUUGGCUGCAAUCUACAAUGCAAAAUGUUCUGUAACCAAAAGAUGAGUUCAUUAACAGACAUUUUGCACUGAUUGAGAAAACAAAAAUAUAAGGUCCAAUUGUAUUCCCUCGUGAACCUUUUCCUUUGAGGGCUAUUAAAUUUAUGCACAGGGAUUAAAUUCUCACAUCAAACAAUUUUUUUUGCCCUUCACACCAAUACAAUGUAUAGUUGAUUUUCAACUAUCUAUUCACAUUUUCUUUCAUCACAAAAGGAAAACAAAAUUGUAGGAAAAAAAAGCUCUUUUACAGUGUUUAUGUUAUCAAGAAUAGUUGGGCAUUAUUUCAGUAUUAUCAGUUACAAGGAAACUUAUGGCAUUAUUUAAAAUAUUAUUCCAAAAACAAGUUAUAUGCUGUUGAUCCAUAAGAAAAUUACAUUUAAAAAAAGUAUCUGGAGAUAAAGUCUGUUUUUUUUUUGGUUAGAAGAAGAAAAGUUUCCGUUCUCUAUUUAAUAUUGUUCUGUCUAGAUUUUUUACAAACAAAUAGUGUUUUAAUGCAUUGAUAAUAUUGAAUUAUACUGAAAGCUCUUUGUAAAGCCAUGAUUCUUCUUUAUUGAAAGUCUUGGAUAAAGGAAAGUUCAAUUUCUCUCUCUCAUUAUAUAUAUGAAUAUAUUGUGAAUGAGAGAAAGGCACAAAGACAGAGGUACUACUAUUGUUAGGUUCAUUUCUUUAGCUGACUAAGUCAAAUGAUGAAAUGUAAGACCCCUAAAUUUGUGUGUUAUAUAACUUGCAUGUGCUUUAUGAAAGAACUAGUAAGCUUAACAUUUAGUUGUGAUGUAUAAUGGAAGGUCAGGUUCUGAUUGAUUUGAAUUCCAUGACAAUUUUAAUUGAAUGCACUAAUUUUAUAAUAGUUUAAAUUUAUUGUUUAUAAUAGUACUUGUGUAUCAUUUUCCUUUUUUCAAUAAGCACAUGAGAUAAAGACUUUUUUAUUUUAAACUGAUUUCUAUAGUAUUACUGGACAAGUGCUUCAGAACAGUAAAAAAUUUUUUUUUUUAAUAUAUGAAUUCAUAGUUUAUUACCAGUUGAAUUUGGUUGUUCUUAUUCAUUGCAAUUUGAAAAGAAGUAAAUAGAACAGUCAAAAUGUAAGAAUACUUGAUGCCUGCAAUUAUGACAAUGAUGGAAAUAAUUGUUUUUUGAACAGCAUAGUUUAGUUUUUGAAUAUGUUUAUGAAAAUUAGAAAGAUUAGAAUCUUUCUUUACUACAAGUCUUGAUAAGAAAUGCAUUUCAGAAUAUUUAAAGCAUACCAUUUUUUUUAUGCAACCACUCAUUCUAUGGAAAUCCAUUUGAAACUCUUUUUUGUUUUGUUUUUAACUUUGUUGAUAUUAUAGAAAUCCUUAUUUUACAAAUGUUUAUGUUUUUGUGUACUAUAUAUAUAUACCUGACAGUGUAUUAAUUUGCUCUUUGUGAUAUAGAUAGUUGUAUAUAGAAAGUAAUGAUGCACGUGCAAUAAUUAAAUUGUUAAUAUUGAAUAUGUUAUAUAUACAAACUUGUAAUAAAGCCUGUUAGACAUAUGU